CAAACCAAACGCCAUAACCCCAUCGACGACAUUCCAAUUAUUUAACACCCGCUUCUGUAGAUCGUUCCACCAACUCCGAUCGAUUGAUCGAUCGUACGCUGCUCUUCGAUCUCCUCCCCCGCCCCCGAACCCUCUUCCGCUCUCCAAUCACCUUCAAUCUCUCCGGUCCGAAGAACAUCGCCCGGCGGCGAUGCAGCACGGCGGCGAUUACGGGUCGUACUACGCCCCCCAAUACCCGCCGCCCGUAUCCAACCCCAACCCCAACCCUAACCCGAACCCUGUCGAAUUCCCUCCUUCCAAUCCGAUCCAGCAGCCGUACGCCUCGGCGCCGCCCUACUCCACCGAUUUCCCGGCAUACUCCUCCGCCGCGCCCACCCCAGCUCCCGCCCCCUAUGCUCCCUAUUCCCAGAAACCGGAACCCGCUCCCCCUCUGCCCCCUUCGGCACCGUCCUAUAGCCAACCCCAAUCCCAAUUUCCGCCCCAAUUUCCCACCUUCCCGACGUACAGUCCGUCGCCCUACCCGCCGGAAUCAACGCCAUCGCCAUCGCUGUAUCCUCAUGAGCAGCCCUCAUCCGUUCCAUAUUAUCCCUACGAUCCCAGUCAGCAGGCGGUGGGGAGUUAUGCCCCAUCUGUGAACCCUAGCUCCGUACCCAACCCGUCCCCAAAUCCAAGCUCCUCAUUUUCCUCUCCUUACCCUUCCUAUGAUGCUCCUUAUCGGAGCUCUGCUGCGAGACCUGACCAGGAGGCACAGUACUUGAAUGACAAUCCUGGGAUGUAUGGCCAUGGGCGAUCAGGUUUCGGUCAGGAUUUCCGUGAGAAGAAUCCGUAUGGUGGGAUGCGCUAUGAUGAGUUUGUUCCGCAAAAUGAUGGGCUCGGUGAUGGCGUGUAUCAGUACGAUGGAGGGAGGUCGGAGCCAUAUGGUGCUCGGGGGACAGUACCCACUAGGUCUCCAGCCCUCUUUGAUGAUUAUGGGAGGUCAAUAAGCUUCCCUUCAGGUGGGAAGGACCAGGGUGGAAGCAGUGGGAAAAUUGUGAGGGCAGUGCCAAAGGUGGAGACGCAGCAGGACGUGAAGCAUGGUGUGCAGAAAUUCAGGGUGAAGCUGUUGCCUGAAGGGGGAGGCCAGAGCACCACGGACGUACUUUGCCAGAUUGGACUGGAUGGGAUUCGCAUGCUUGAUCCAAGCACCAAUAGAACAUUGAGAAUCUACCCUCUUGAUACUGUGACAAAAUGGGAGGUAUCAGAGUCAUCUACAUUCACCUUUUGGUCCAAGAGUUCUGUUGACUUUGAUCCAAGGCGCAUAAGGCUGCAAUCAAAUAGCUAUACUACCAAUACCAUACUUGACACAGUAACUGCUGCUACAGUGCAGUUUAAAGAGAUGGGUGGAAAAGAUAGCCUAAUUUCAGGCAGAGGAACUGUUGAUGCUGGUAAGCUGUCUGAUCAAUCAACUGAAAGAAAAAAAGGUCUGGUGGAUUGGAUGACCUUGAUAAAGCCUGCUAAUGAGGAGAAAGAUCACUGGGUUCCAGAUGAAGCUGUAAGCAAAUGCACAUCGUGUGGUUCAGAUUUUGGAGCUUUUAAUCGCAGGCAUCACUGUAGGAACUGUGGUGAUAUUUUCUGCGACAAGUGCACCAAGGGUAGAAUUGCUCUAACUGCAGAUGAAAUUGCUCAGCCAGUCCGGGUUUGUGAUAGAUGCAUGGCAGAAGUUACUCGAAGGUUAAGCAAUGCGAAAGAAGCUGCCAGCAAACCUGCUGGACUGCAAACUCAUGAAGAUCUCGCCCGGAAGCUUCAGGAGGAAAUGGACAAAAAUCUUAAGUCAGUGUCGAAGUCCACCAAAGUUUCUGGAAAGGGAAUGAGGGAAGUAGCAUGUCCGAUCUGCACGGUCCAUCUUCAGGUGCAAGUUCCUGCCUCAGGCUCUGAAACAAUAGAAUGUGGUGUCUGUCAACAUCCUUUCCUUGUUAGCGCCCGUUGAUCUUCUACUUCACGUCUUUGUAUGCUCCAUAAUUUCUCUUUUGCAAGCAGUGAGCUCUCUCUAGUCAACUUGUUGUGUGCGGAAGCUUUCUGGUUGUUUGUAGAUGAACUCUUGUCAACCAGCACUCUGUGAAAUGUCAAUUGUGGAAGUCAUGCUCGCAGAUGGUUGAGAUCUACAACUGGAUGAAUGAUGAAUAGUUUUAUUUGUAAUGACAGCUAUGUGCAUAACUCUCUCAAUAAACUAACAUUGGUUUGCUGAUGCUA